UCCUCCUUGGCGGAGUGGCGUACCGAAGUCCGCGAUUUGAAGUGGUUGGAGUUGAAUGCACUGUCAUCGAAAUACCGAAUUUGAGAACUCGUGUCGUGAACGAAUUAUUAAUGAUAGAUCACAAUGAAGUUCCAAUAUAUUUUGCUUCUAAUAUUUGUAAUGUUAUGUCGAUCUUCUUCAUUGAAAUUUUUAUCACAUAAAUUUUACGGCAGUUUUAACAAGGAAUUACAGAAUGCCAAUUACAAAUAUCAGAUCAAAACGAUCCAUAUGCCGGUGGAUCACUUCAGCUUUUCUGUUGAAGACACAUUCAAAUUAAGGUACCUUAUAAAUGAUACUUGGCAAGGAGAAAAUAACCCACCAAUUUUCUUUUAUACUGGCAAUGAGGGUGACAUUGAAGCCUUUGCUCAAAAUACAGGAUUUAUGUGGGAAAUCGCACCAGAAUUUGGAGCAUUAUUAGUUUUCGCUGAACAUCGUUACUAUGGAGAAUCUAUGCCGUACGGCAAUAAAUCUUAUAAUGAUUCUAAACAUUUGGGGUACUUGACAUCCGAGCAGGCUUUAGCAGAUUACAUUGAUCUUAUUCAAGACUUAAAAUCCACAUUGAAGUAUAAAGACAGUCCAGUAAUUGUUUUUGGUGGUUCGUACGGUGGCAUGCUUAGUGCAUGGAUUCGUAUAAAAUAUCCUCAUAUUGUACAAGGGGCAAUCGCAGCUUCAGCUCCGAUCCUUCAGUUUACCGGUGUUGUAGAAUGUGAAUCUUUUUCACGAAUAGUCAAAUCAGAUUUUAUGAUGGCUCAUCCAAAUUGCUCGACAAACAUUGAAAAAUCAUGGAGUGCAAUUAACAAUGUAACAUCAAAUGAUAAAGGGAAAAAGUGGUUAUCAGACAAUUGGAAACUUUGUGAACCAUUGAAGAAUGAUUCUCAAGUGAAACAACUAAAAGAUUAUCUGCAAGAAGCAUAUAUAGAUCUUGCAAUGGUGAAUUAUCCUUAUGCGGCUAAUUUUUUAGUACCUUUACCUGCUUAUCCAGUAAAGGCUGCAUGCAAGCAUUUAACAAAUGAAUUACUAACAGAGACAGACUUACUGUUAGCCAUAUAUCAAGCAGUCAAUCUGUAUAGUAAUUACACGGGUGGAGUAAAGUGCUUAGAUAUAAAUGAUUCUACUCUGUAUUCAAAUUUAGGAGCUAUUGGUUGGCCUUAUCAGGCCUGUACAGAAAUGGUAAUGCCCACUUGUGCUGACGGAAUAAAUGAUAUGUUUGAACGUGAAGAAUGGAAUUUUGAAGCAUACACAAAGGAGUGCGAGGAGCAAUUCUCUGUAAAACCACAGGCAGAUAGAAUUUGUAAACAAUACGGAUGUACAGAUUUGUCUGCAGCAACAAAUAUUGUUUUUAGUAAUGGCCUAUUGGACCCAUGGAGUAGUGGUGGAGUACUAAAGAAUUUAUCUUCAUCAGCUAUUGCAAUACUAAUUCCUGAAGGAGCACAUCAUCUUGAUUUAAGAGGCAGUAAUGAAAAUGAUCCAUACAGUGUUAUUUUAGCACGCAAAUAUCAUCGUUACUUUAUUAGACAGUGGAUUAAAGAGUAUACUAAAUGAAAAGAAAAUAAAGUUAAUUAAAUCCUUGUUGUUUUUGAAGUUAAUAUGGAUUUUUGAUACAAUAUAUUACAAAUAAAUUUUCAAAUAAGAUAAA